AUGCUGUCGAAUAUCCCUUACAAUAAUAACAUCAAUACCAAUGAGUCAACAGGAAGAGAAUUUAAUUCGUCCAAUCAUCGGUCACCACCACGUUCCAGUUACAAUAACAACAAUAAUAACAAUUCAGCUACAGACAACUUACAAACACGUUCAUCUCCUCUUUGGUCUUCUACGAUAUGUCCACCGCCAUUUGAUAUGCAAUCGGCAGCGGCUGUUGCUGCUCUCUCUGUUGUUGAUCCUUACACAAGAUACGGAUCGCCGUCCGCUCCGGCAAUUGUUUCUCAGGAUGAUUUAUACAAUCCAUGGAAUGCAAAAACAUUUUUAGCUGCUGCUCAGGCAAUGCAACAACAGCCAGAUUUAACAUCUUCAAAAUCAACAAAUUCUGCAUCAUCAUUAAAUUCAAGUUUGAAUCAGACAUUACAAUUAACUGGUUAUGAUAUGAAAAAUGGAAUGAAUUAUAACGGACUCACACAUCCCUAUUGCUAUUUUGAUUCUGAUGUUCGUGAAUGUGUUAAUUGUGGUGCUGCAUCAACCCCAUUGUGGCGAAAAGAUUGUAGUGGUUUUAAUCUUUGUAAUGCAUGCGGUAUUUAUAGCAGAUCACAUAAAAUUCGAUAUAAUGGAUUUAUUGAUCGCACAAUGAGAAAAGUAGGUGGAAUACAUCGUACUGGUAAUGAAUGUGCAAACUGUCAUACAUCUGAUACGACGCUGUGGAGGCGAAAUGCAAAUGGUGAAUCGGUCUGUAACGCAUGUGGACUUUACUUUAAAUUACAUGGGGUAAAUCGUCCAAUGACAAUGCGUAAAGAUGGUAUUCAGACAAGAAAAAGAAAAUCAAAGAAGGAUAAAUCUCCAAAAAAAGAUUUUGAUGAUCAACCAAAAACAAAACGUUUAGGUAUAUCGGACGAUGAUGAUCAAAAAUCGUCAGUAUCCCAAAAUGAUUCAUCACCUCCAACAAAUCAAUGUACAAUUGACUCAUCAACAGCCAUUUCUACUCCAUCAUCCUCUUAUUUGAACAUUCAUUCAUCGAUCCCAUCACCCUAUGAUUUAUCACCCUAUACGAAUAGUUUCUCAUCCGAUAAUCAAUUUCAUCAUUCUCAUCACACUAUUCAACAUCAUCACCAUCAUCCCAUUCACUCACUAAACUCGUAUAAUCAAUCCUUAUUAUUCUCAAAACUGAAACAUGAACCCGAACAUCAUCAUCAAUGGAUAGCAUUUCCAAAUGGUGGUGGUCAAUAUGUUUAA